CGCAACGAAGCAAAGGCCACAGAGCAGCAGCAGCAACAUCCAGGCAGCAGCACUCUCCAUCCUUCUCACCUGCCCUCGACACACCUGCACUCACUCAGCAGAUCCUCAAGCAGAACAAAGACAAGAAGACAACACUCACCAUCCACGCUAGAUCCCCAUCAUGUCUGUGACGCUCGAUACCCAGGAACUUGCCCAGAAGCUGCAAGAGACGGCUAUUGUGGACGCAGCAACCAAGGAAACACAGACACCUGCGAGCAAGGACCCUAGUCCUAUUGACGAGUCGCACAGAGUGUAUGUGGGUAACUUGAGCUACGCUACCACUGAAGGGGAGCUCAAGGAUCUGUUUGCUCAGGCAGGAGAGAUUGCCAGUAUCGCCAUCCCUGCACGUCGCAACUUUCGUCACAAAUCAACUCGUCCUGCUGGUAUUGCCUUCAUUGGCUACAAGACGGAUGAAGAGGCACACAAGGCGAUUGAGUCACUUCAUGGGAAGGAAUUGGGUGAACGCACGAUUUCUGUCAAGUUGGCACGACCUUUAAGUGAACGCAAGCCUCGACAGCCACGCGCUCCCAAGACUGAGAAGAGCGAUGAGACGGACAAGUCUGCAGCUGAGAGUGAGGACAAGGCAGAUGUCAAUAUGCCAGGUCAAGUGGAAGGUCUGGAUGAAGGCAAGACUGCAGAGGGUGCUACUUCCACCCCUGCCAAGAAGAAGAAGCCUCGAAAGACUAAAACCAAGAAGACACCUGCUGCCACAACCGAGGGUGAGUCUGAGGAGAGCACCCAGAGUGAUGCCAAGAAGGAAAAUGGUACAACGACGCCUACGGAAGGUGCUACACCCAAAGAUGGAUCAAAGGAGGAUAAGUCACAGACGUCUGCUAGGUCUCCAAGGAAUGCGAGGCAGAUUCGUCAGAAGAGGGCAUCCUCUCGACUGAAUGCUGGCAUCCCAUCUGAGAAGACUCUCUUUGUGUAUGGCUUGACACCUGAAAUGACGAGCGAGCAGUUGAAGGAUCUCUUCAAAGAGCAUGAGCCAACCGGUGCUCAGAUUGCUUUGCGUGAUGUCCCCACCUGGCUCAUCAAGAAGAUGGCUGAACAAGGUCAACAGCGUCUUGGUCGUGGCUUUGGUUUCGUCUCAUUUGCUGAUAAGCAACACCAGCAGUCGGCACUGGAAGCAAUGAAUGGUUACAAGCACAAUGAUCGCGAAUUGGCAGUCAAGGUGGCUAUGGAUGCACCUCCUAGAGCCAGCAAGACUGCUGUUGCUGCUGAGAGUGCUACGGCUGAGAAGGUCGGUGAGAAGGUUGAAGCUGCCACGACUGCCCAAGCAGAGAGUAAGACUGAGAGCAAGGAAGAGACCAAGAAUGAAGAGAAGGAGGAUGACACGGAUGAUGUCAAGACAGUGAAGGAGACUGUCCAAACGAAAGCAGCCGAGACUGAAACCUCUUCGGCUGCUGAAACGCCCGGCACAAAGCAGGAUGACUAGGCUCCCGUCUUUGGUCAAUCCCCCACGACACACGCAAAAUGCAUCAUCAUCGUUUUCCAUCAUCUCAUUUCUUUUACUACGAACGUCUCUUUGUUUCACAUUGUUUUGCUUGGCACCCCUGACUGUCUCUUACAAAGGCAGAGUCUCUCCUUUUCUCCAUCUCAUCAUUACCUAGCUAGCUUGCCAUAAGAAAAAUAAGGUGAUACCUUUU